AUGGAAGUGCAAAACCCAGAAGAACUUAUGAAAGUGUUACUCGAUAAUCCGUCGGCUAGAAGCCAGUUGAAUUCCUUUGUUGAGCAAGCAAUUGCGAAAAGUCACGUAAGUUAAGUGUGUUGUUUUUGUUGCGGGUUUGCUUGAUAAUUAAUUAAGUGGUUUCAUGACAACACUUAAUUGACAAAAAAUUCUUCCCUUUUGUUUUCCUCUAGUCACCUGCACCGUCAAAAGUUGUACCACUGGUAAGUAAAAAGCCAAAUGUUACAAUUUACUUAAACGCUAGCUUUUGGGGAAAAAACUAUAUACUAGGACAUUUGUUGACGUCAGCUGCAUCUUUCAGACGUAUAUUUCGACGGGACAUUUUACUUGAUUUUCACGCUAUGUAGUGUAUGGCCAAUCCACUUUUAAUAUAUCCUGUGAGCUACUUUUUAAAAUAAACUCUGUAACUGAUCUGACUCAGUUGGGGGCACAAAUUUGAGCGCUUUUUGGAGCCGGGUAGGGCACUAAAAUCACUUGUUCAAAGUUCGGUCCUCUACAGUCUGCAACUGAAGUCCUUCUGUCAUUAUUUCAUAGAUUAAUAAAUGUUAUGAACUGAAAACCUUGUAUAACACAAACCCGGGGGGGGGGGGGGGUACUUUAGGAAUUUCUGGGUGGGGAUGUGCUGCUGGGACCCUGGAACCCUUAACCUAUACCAGAGCUAGUUCAGCUGAAUUUUGCUACCCUAUACUAGAGUAAACUCCCCAAAUCCCCCUAUCCUAGAGUAGCUGUUUACCUAGUCUAGAUAAAAUCUUCAACCAACUGCUCAGUUUCCUGAAAAAUGAUACCCUAUUCUAGACCCAAACGCUCUGAUUUAUAUACUCUAUCCUAGAGUAAACUGCUUGAAAACCAUACCCUUCACAGCGGCACAUACCUAUAUAGCACAUAUAUGGCAGUACCCCCGCCCCCGGACACAAAGAACUACAGUACAUACACAUUUUCAAAUUUACAUACAAAAAUCCAAUUAAUAAAUAAUUCAAUAAUUUGUGACAAAAUAAAUCUAUAAAACUCAUUAACCCGCGGACGUACAACGGCGGGGAGUUGGAUGCCACCCCCCUGCCCAUAAGGUUUUCUCCCAGAGGAUCUUUUCAGUAGCUAUUCGUUCAUCCCUCGCACAUAUUUUGAGUCAAGUUUAAUUUUUUUGGUCAUGGUCCAUUUCUAUGGUUACGAGAUAUGACAUCAAGUAAGAGGUGGUCAAGCCAUUUUUGAGUGAAAGUACAUUUUUUAUCCAACUUUUUCAAAAAUAACUAAAUCUUGUGGCCAAAAUCAUACAAAGUGCUUAAUUGUGUGUUAUUUUUCAUCUGAAGCACAAAAAAAAUCACCAUUUCUCACGAUUUUAACCUGAUUUCUAAUCCUUGGUAAAAUCCAAGAUUGCAACCAAGAUGGCAACCAUUGUUGGUGACGUCACAGGCCCCCAGCAGCACCACCACCCAUAAAAUAUACCUCAUCUUGUAGAGAAGAUGAAAGGCUUUCCACCAAAGGUAAAAUAUCGUUACAAAAUACUGCAACGUAUCAAAAACUCUGGGGAUGGGUUCCAUCCACCCAGUCCCCCCCCCCCCUUGUACCAUGGUGGGGGUAUGAAUUUGCUUGUAUGUCCGAGGGUUAAUAUAAUAUCUUAUAUUCAUAUCAUUAUAAAAUGUAAUGAAACCAUAAAAACUACUACCCUAAUUGCUUCAAAAAUAAUAAUAAAAAAGAUGAACAAGGUGCAUUUUUAUUUCAUAUAUUGGGUUUUGAGGCAAAUCUGAAUAAUAGGGAAAACAUAAUCUACCUAUAGAUCCACAUAUCGCAAAAAAUAUAUUAACCAUUUAAUUGACUCAGUGAUAUUUCCUUCCACUUAUAAUGAGCACAACAUAUAUUAAAUUAUGUGGCUGAGAUUUGUAAGACAGUGAGACCCUUCCAUAUUACAUGUUGACUUAAUUAUAAUUCAACAGAUAUGCUCUUGUUGAAGUAUUUCACAGGACAUUAUACGAGAUGCAUUUGAAUUUGAAUUCAAGGAUCAAAUUAAUCCAGGAGAAGGUAUAAUUAGACAACCUUAUUCUUCCUAUAAUUUAUUACCGGUAGAUAUAGUGGGAGGAAAUCAAAUGUAUAAUUGAAUCCUGAAAGAAUAUUUGCAUCUUAAAUGUUAGUUAAGAAGUCGGAUGUAUUGUAUGUGUUUAGUUUGAAAAUUGAAGUUGGGAACACGUAUUGUCCAUAUAUUAAAUUUAAUUUAUUAUCAGUUGAUGUUACUCGAGUGGGGUGUAUUGACUGUUUUAAAUUCUAUUUGUGCUAACGGCAAUAAUUUAAAAUUGUAACAGUGCCUUGGUCAGAUGUUCAAGACUCUGUGAGAACUGAGAUGGUCGAGUAUGUAAGAGAGAUGAUGUCAUCAAGUGGUGUGUCAUUACCAACAAGAAGCAUUAUUGGAAAAAGGAUUAAAAGAUAUUAUAGGAGUCAAAGACACCAAGCUCAAAUUAAGGCAGACAAGGAGAAAAAAAGAAGGAGACAGCGGUUUCUUAACAAAAGGAACCGUCUAACAAUGGUAGGAUUAUACUAUAUUUUUUACUUUCAUACUCAAAUGGCUUAGAUGAGGGGAAAGUGAAUGGAGGGAUAUCGAGGUAGGGUGUUCAUGCCAGGACAAGUGAGGGACAGGAUUAAUGUAUUCUCCACUGCCUGGUUGUUUACAGCUGGCAGAUUAAGAUAAUUAACGCAGGGAUUAGUGAGAAAUUAAAUUUGAAUGAAUUCACAUAAAUAAAUGUAAGCUUAUUAAAGUGCCUAGCACAUGUACUUGUGUACACUACGUGUGCUUGCGAAUUGACUAAUGAUUGUUGCAUCACUUGCAUGUGCAUUAAUUCACGUGAUUACUGACAUCAGAUGGACCAGGGCCUUUGUGGUGUCACAUUCCAUGCAUUUCAAAGGACACAUCCUAAGAAUGUGGAUAGAUUCUGGAAAAACCUCGCUAUACAGUUACUGAAGUGCCACUGACCAGUUGUUAUUAUUGUAUCAUUAUUUAUAACUAUUAUAAUUAUUUGUUAACAAACUGCUGUUCCUUUCUUUCCACAAUGGCUUCAAUUAAUCAAUGUCUCAUAAAUGUACCAAAAUGUUAACUUCCAGGAAAAGAGAGACAGGGAAGUAAGGAAAGCAUUGGAAAGGGAGGAGUUGAGCAGUGAAGAGAUAAAGGAGCUGAGAAGUACGAUUGCCCCAGUGGAAGCAAAGGAAGUGGUAGUUUACGAUUCUGAGGAUGAGGAUGCACGCUCUGACCUUCUCCUGAAACGCAAGAUCAGUUUGGAGAGAGGCAGGAAAACAGCCAGGGAAAAUCAACGCAGGGGAAGUCGCCUGCUGGCUCUUCUUAGUGGUAAUAAGGCACCCAGUCAGCAAGUGUCUGUCAAAGACCUGAUGGAGCUGGCAAAAGAGAAUGUUCCACUGCCAGCAGCUAAGGCUCCAUCAGCUAGUCUGACCCCUCGGAGGUGCUGUACAACAUCUACUGCUGAUGCAGCCUUACGUGCACAACAAAAGAGGGGCAGGCUAGCAUUA